UGGCCUUACUGCUUUACAUUUUGCCUCAAGGUCUCUUAACUUAUCUCUUGUUAAAGAAUUAAUAACUACCUAUCAGUUAAAUCCUCAUCAAGCUGACAGUAAUGGUAGGCUACCAAUUCAUUGUGCUGCAGAAUCUGGUGAUAUUUUACUACUGGAAUUAUACGUGAAGGAUUACAAGUGUAGUCUGAGCCUAACAGAUAGCAAAGGUUGGAAUGUUAUUCAUAUUUCAUCAUUAGAAGGUCACACUAACUUUAUCAAGAAUAUCACCAGUCAGUAUCCGCAAUACAUUAGUUUAUUACACUCUACUGACAAUGAGGGUAGAAUACCAUUGCAUUUAGCCUGUGAGCGUGGUAAUAUUCAAUUGGCCACAUUUCUAAUCAAUGAUUUAAAAUGUGAUGUCAGUGCUAAGGAUACACGUGAUCAAGCAUGUGUCACAUUUGCCUGUUUCUCAGGUAAUCUUGAUCUAGUACAGUUACUGAUACAACAAUAUAAGCUUGAGCCUUUAGCUACUGAUAAAUAUGGUUUAACAGCAUUACAUGCAGCAGCACAGACUGGUCAUAGUCAUAUACUGGAAUGGUACCGUCAGGAGUAUAGUGUGGAUAUUACUAAUCACACUAACAAUUACAAGUACACACUAGCUCAUUUAGCUGCUUAUGGAGGUAAGCUACAUUGUCUACAGGAACUGAUCAACAAGUAUGAGUGUGAUGUUAAUGCCACUACUACUGAUACUGGUAGUACAGUUCUUCAUGCAGCAUGUGAAGGAGGCCAUGUUCUCGUUGUACUUUAUCUCACUAGUCUUCCUCAGUGUAAUGUAGCAGCUAAGACUUCUAAUGGAUCAACAGUUCUUCACAUUACCUGUGAGUACAGUGACUCUCUUCCUAUACUCAAACAUCUGGUAGAGAAUCAUCAGUUCGAUCUGUGUGCUGUGAAUGAUGAAGGAAUGGUUCCUAUUCACUUAGCAUGUAGUAAUGGAAGAUUGAACUUGAUCCAGUACAUUAUAGAACACACACCGUCGUCACUUGAACUACCUGACAGUAAAGAUAGUUGUACUCCAUUUCUCAUUGCAGUGUACUUCAAUCAGUUAGAAGUUAUUAAAUAUCUUAUUAGUAAGAAGUGUAGUCUAUUAGCUACUGAUGGUAAAGGGGCUGGAGCAGUUCACAUAUCAGUAGAGAGGGGUCACUUGAAUGUAUUGAAGUAUCUCAUUGAUAAUAAUUAUUGUAACCCUAAUGCAACUGAUCAUCAAGACCGUACACCACUACAAGUUGCUGUAGCAUCUAAUAAAUAUGAAAUAUUAGAAUAUUUACUGAAUAAGAGUAUACCCUCAAUGAGUGUUGUCAUGUUACGUGAUAUAAAUUGUUUAUUAGACAGUCCUAAUGACAUAUACAAUAAUCCACAUAAUGCUGUACUUAUUAAUGCACAAGAUAAAGUUGGUAAUACACCAUUACAUGUUGCCUGUCAACAUGGACAACAGAAUAUGGUAUUACUAUUACUAAAAGCCAGUCUCUCUAAGAAUAAUUUAUUAAUUCCUAACAAGAAAGGACAGACACCAUUACACUUAGCAGUUGCCUCUGGUCAUAAGAAUACCUCUGAAGCUCUACUGUCCUCAGUCACUGGUAGUUCUACUCAUCAUGAUCUCCUUACAGCUACUGAUAAUGAUGGAUCCACUGUAUUACAUACAGCUUGCAGUAAUGGCCAUAUUGAUGUGUUUCGUUAUUUAUCCAGUAUUUAUCCUCAAGGUGUUAAUGUAAUGGAUAAUAGAGGACAUGGUUUACUUCAUGCAGCAUGUGAGGGAGGAGAUAUUGGAAUAGUAAGAACACUAAUUGAAACGCAUGGACUGGAUCCUUUAGCAGAAGAUGAAGAUGGCAUCACCUGCUUACACUUACUAGCAGAGAGAAAGAGAGUUUAUGUAUACCAGUAUUUGGAACCAAACAUUGUCUCUAAUCCAGUACCUAAAGACAAGUCUGGUCGUACUCCUCUUCAUUAUGCUUCUUGUUCUGAUAAUAUUCGUAUGGUACGUUAUCUCAUAGAGACCUUCCCCUGUAGUCCUGAUGAUCCUGAUAAUAAUGGAUACACUUCAGUUCAUGGAGCAUGUGAAGCUGGUAGUAUGGAGUUGGUACAUUACUUUCUAACUGAUCUCAAAUGUAAUGCACUAGCUGAAACUGAUGAACGUAAAACCAUGCUUUAUUUUGCUAGUAUGAGUUCUAAUUUCGAGCUUAUUCGGUUUUUAAUUAAUGUAUUCAGUUUAAAACCUCGUCCACAUGAUAUUGAAGUAGCUCAAUCGGUUAAUCCUGGUUCAUUGGUAGUUAAGUAUCUUCAAAGAAGAUAUUUAACUACUAAGAUCUUGAAGAUAUUCAAUAUAUUUCAUAGAAAAACAAAGUGAUUGUCAUAAUUAACUUGAGAGACAGCAGGUUGACCUACCAGGACAAUUAAGAUAUUGAAUCUUAAACACAACCUCAUCACCAUAUUACCAAUACACCAUCUUACUGCACUAUCACAUGUAACCUAUCAUCAUUACACCAUCAUACCUAUCCUACCACCUUGCCACCAUCUAACUACCUUACACCACUUUCGGAUAUCAUCAUAACCAUUACACCAUACAUCCACAAUAGUUACCCAAGCCAAUCCUAUACUAUAUCUGUAUCCUAUCUUAAACACCAUCUUACCAUUACACCUAUCACCACCUUAUCACCAUC